AUGAAUAACUAUGACGCACAUAUUAGAGACAAAUAUUCAGAUUUUUUAAAAGCAUUAUCAACAACAAUCAUUACAUUAUUGGAUAGUUUUCAAAAAGAUAAAGACAUUUUAGAUCAUGUCAUUGGGUUUUUUAAUCAUACUCACCAACUUGGAUUCAAAGAGACUAAUCAAUUAGUUCAACGAAUAUUAUUUUCAAAACAACAACAACAACAAUAUCAACCAGAUCAAAUCAAUCGAUUUGUGAAUAGAUUAUGUGUGAUUACCGACAUAGUUCAACAAAUAAUAGUUACAAGAGGAAACAUUACAACUGAUCAAAUAUUACAAAUCAUCGAUUUGAUCGUACAAACACUACAACUAAUUCACUCUAAUAAUGAUAAUAGGGAACACUUAUCAGAGAUUGGCCAAUUGAAUCUAAUAUCUGUACAAGAUACCUGUAGAAGAGGAUUAUUGUAUUAUUUCUUUAAUUAA